CACGUUUCCUUCACAAUACCUGUGAGACGUGCUGACCAUGGCAAAGGUCAAGAAACCCCAAAGACAAAAAUACAAAGAUGCACUUAACUCUAUUGCGCUGGUGACGGGAUGCUUCGCUCUGUGUGUCACAGUUCUACUCAACCUCGGUGACAUAAUCAUCAUACUACAAACCGCACUCUCGACCUUCAACUUCCUGUCAUUCCCGACAACAGCAGGGUUCAAGUGUCUACCACAGCACUACACCACCGAAAUCAUAUCCAUCGACCCUUUACUCAUCUACAUCCAAAACUUCGUCAACCCUCAAGACAUCGAGGGACUUCUGGAGUUGGGCGAAAACCGCUUCAUCCCAUCCGAAAUAUACCAAAACGGACAAUUAAUCAGGAACCCCUACCGCAGUUCCUUGAGUGCCCCACUCCCUUCCGACGAUGCCGCCGUUUCUUGUGUGCUCGGCCGCGCGCAGGGCUUCCUAGGCACCAUGCUAGACCCGAGUGCAGACGAAAUGGGAGUCCCGCAACUAGUGCGGUACACAGCUGGCCAGGAGUACAACCUCCACCACGACUGGUUGCGGAUUCCACAGCGAGCAUUUGACGGCUCACCUCGUUCGUUCAACCGUAUCGCGAGUUUCUUCGUCAUUUUGCAGGAUAAUUGCACGGGGGGAGAGACAUGGUUUCCGCAUGUCCGGCCGGCUACGUCCCAGAAGUGGGGGAGAGCGGAGGGCAGGUUGUGGUGGGAACAUGAGGAUGGAGGACUUGCUUUCAAACCUGUGGUUGGGAACUCGUUAUUCUGGGUAAACUUCCUGUCCAAUGGGACCGCGGACAGCAGAACUGUGCAUGCUGGAUUGCCGGUGACUGGGGGGCUGAAGACCGCUAUGAAUAUCUGGCC